AUAGUAAUGAAAUCUCCCGACCAAGCAGCGGCACUCAUCCAGGCUCGAUGGAAGGGCUGCCAGUGCCGCGUCCGGCAGCGCCGCUACAUUAUUUCAAUCAUAAAGCUGCAAGCGCGUCAGCGAGGUCGGGCUGUGCGGCGGGAGUACGUGCCCUUCCGCGAGUUUCGACGGGAACAGCGUGCAUUUGAAGUCGAGAGCAAGGCGAGACGGGCGCGCAUAUGGCACCACCAGCAGCAGCUCCAAUACAUGGAGUCCAUCUCCCCCGUACAAUACGAUCGCCUCGUGGCGCUGCAGAAGCGGCGCAGCGCACGGCUCAUACAGCGGCGAUGGAAGGAGUACACGUUGUCCACCAACUACCAGCGCAACUUCCACCACCACCACGACUGGGACACCGACGAAGAUGAUACCAACGAUCUUAACCAGUCGUCCGAGUCCGCGCCAUCCUCAUUUUCACCUUCGAAAGACGUCGACGCCAUGACGUUCUUAGCCAAGAAACAAGAGAUCCACCAACGAAUUCGGGACGCAGUCCGGCAGUUCAGUGUGAAACAUCCAUGGAAAAUCCCUUCCACUGGCUCCACCAAAGCAGACGGCGACGCCGCCAGGCGUGCCACGUAUGAAAAACUCCAGCGUGAAACGGCAAAUUGGACCGCCAGGUUCAACGAGCAUUGCACCACGUUGCGCCAACCCAAGCGCGCCUCUGACGCCAGUGUUUUCGCCACGUUGGCGCGAUGUGACCACAGAUUGCGCACGCUUGUGGCCCCGACUCUGCUAUCAUCGCUAUCCAAUGACACUCCUUCCAUAGACGGAGCACCACCAAAACCAAGUAUUCCGCGAUUGCCGACAGACCCGACGAGGCGCGACGCAGCUGUGGCCACUCAUCGAUCCGUGAUCCAGUCCAUUGAUUUGGCGUCGAAAGCGGCGUGGAAUAUGCCAGUCGCAGGCCAUGUCUAUGACAUGCGUCAGAUCGAACUUCCACCACCUUGGGCCAUCGAAGGCCAAGACAAGAUCUGGACGUGGCCCCAUUCGUUUCGAGUGGACGUGACGACGACUUCUUCCCCCCCUCCUCGUCAGUCUGUGACUGAUGCCAACGCUGCAGUCAGUGAUGAUUCUUGUGCAGACGACGACCCCAUUCGCCAGUUUAUAACACGAUCCACAACUCCUCAUGUGAAGUCAGGAAGCAACGGCACGCUUUCAACCAACCCUUCUCCCAGUUUGGACAAACACGAGCAUGCCUUGGAUCCUGCGAUGUCGUCGCAUCUAUGGCUACACUACGCCGAAGCCAUGUCCACUCCGUCAGCGGCCAUGCUGGCCAAUGUCACCAGCGUCAUGACAACACAUCCAGCUUUGUUGGCAUAUCAACAGCCAUCGCUCAAGGCAACGGACGAUGUGUUUGGGCUGACCUUUGACGCGAUCGUCCGGUCUCAGACAGCACACCUCGUCGCCGACAUCACGAGCCAGAUCACGUUCAACACACAGCUGCGAAGUGUGCAGGACCACACGAAGAAAGCCACGUCGAUGGGAGGGGGUGACGAAGAUGUUAGUGACGUGGCAUUCGCUGGGGGCUUGGUGGAUUACGGUGGAUUGCGCCGGCAUCACAUGGCGACUCGGAUUCAACGGCGUGUGCGGGGCAACAAGGGACGUGCUGAGGCACAAGAGAUUCGAGCCACGUACUUUGUGCAAGUUAAAGGGCGCGCCGUACGCAAGGGACUGUGCGAAGAAUGCGGCGACGUGCGCGCCGUGCUAAAGUGCGACGAGUGCGAAGAGACGACACAUUUCUGUCCCCAGUGCUGGGUCCACGUCCAUAGCACAAGGCGCCGCAAAGCACAUGUUCCGUCACCACUUGUGAUUGGAGAAUCGACUGGCCAAUCGACGACGGGGCAGCACAAGGCUAGGGGUGCAUCGGCGGGGGUGGGGGGCUCGGGGGGGCUUUCGUCAUCGAAACCAUCACCCCCACAAGGACAUAUCAACUCGGAUAUGGAAGACAUGAUGGGGAAAAUGGCCAUGCAACCGCCACGAGUCUAUGUCUUGCCAGAGUCCAAUACCUUCCAACCGACAACAGAGAUGCCAGGCAGGAUCAGGAGAAACCAACGACCGAUAAAACCCCCCGAAAGAAGCAACUCGACGGUGGUCGUGGCUGCCGAUGCCAUGCUGCUUGGUCUGGUGCAGCAAGUUGCACACGAACAGGAAUCGGCAGGUCAAUAACCCCCGCAACUUCAGAAACAACCGUGUAAGAAAGAGUACUCAAUGAUAACCUAUGCG